ACAGAAAGCGAGGCAAUUACGUUAGAUCAGUGGGGGCAGGUAUUCGAUGGUUUAGAGAGUGAGAAAUUGUUCGAGUUCAUAGACCUUAAGGGAGAGCUUGGACAGUGUUGUAUCUUUGCAAAAAGUCGCAGUAAAUCCUGUACAAGGGGACUGUGAGUUGCUCGGAACUGUAGCUGGAAUAUGGGAGUUACCUUCGGAACACUUUUCGUGGCUCACUGGCACUGCAGGAAUGGGGAACUCCUGUCUGGGUACUCUCCAAUAAAGUGUUUUAUUCCAAGACUCAUAUGCGCCAUAUUUGCGAAAGCUGGUGAAGACAGUCUUUAACGGGUACGGAAAAUUAAAUUGAAUAACAGAAACUAAAUGACAUUCAUUCACUCAUUUAUUCAAAAGGACAGACUGUCGCUAUCUUCCUGGACCUCGAAACGCUCAGUGCCUGUGUGGCAGCGGACCAUGCCUGGCUUGCAGAUGCUGCCCACACAUUAAGAACUCCAUCGUGACACGUGUCAUAUAUGCCUUCAUUAUGUUGGUGGGCACCAUCGUUGCCUGUGUCAUGUUGUCACCUGCCAUUGAACAUCAACUCAGAAGGAUCCCAGGGUUUUGUGAUGCUGGAGCUUGGCCCAAUCUCCAAGCCAUUCAAGCCAGUACUGCCUGUGAUAUAUUUGUGGGCUACAAGGCUGUAUAUCGGGUCUGCUUUGGUAUGGGUAUGUGCUACAUACCCUUGUCGCUGCUCAUGAUAAAUGUGAAGAACAGCAGAGACCCCCGGGCUGCAAUCCACAAUGGCUUCUGGUUUUUCAAAAUUGCUGCCAUUAUUGCUGUCACAGUUGGUGCUUUUUACAUUCCAGAGGGGCCUUUUACCCAAACUUGGUUUAUUGUUGGCAUAUGUGGAGCAUUUUGUUUCAUUCUAAUCCAGCUGGUUCUUCUUGUGGACUUUGCACACUCAUGGAACGAGUCUUGGUAUUAUAAGAUGGCGAAUGAGAGCUCAAGACGCUGGUGUUGUGCCUUGCUGGCUGUAACAGGACUAAACUACACCCUGUCUUUUGCUGCCAUUGUCCUCAUGUUCCUUAUCUACACUCAGCCAAAAGAAUGUGCUCUCAACAGGUUCUUCAUCAGCUUCAACAUGUUACUGUGCAUCAUAGCUUCAGUUGUCUCUGUGCUGCCCAAAGUACAGGAACAUCAUGAAACAUCUGGGCUUCUCCAGUCCUCACUCAUAACCUUGUAUACCAUGUAUCUGACCUGGUCAGCUGUGACCAAUGAACCAGACCACAUGUGCAACCCCAGCCUUCUUAGCAUCUUCCAGCAGAUCACCAUCCCUACAUCCAGCCCACUGGAGAACCAGACUGCUGUGACCAUCAAUAAAGCAGAAGAGCUUGAGCUCUCAUCCUUGUACUUGCAGUGGUGGGAUGUACAGAAAAUUGUUGGACUGGCCAUAUCUGUCUUGUGCAUUUUAUACUCAAGUAUACGCACAUCUAGCACCAGUCAGGUAAAUAAACUAAUGCUGGCAUCUACAAAUACUGUCACCCUGGGCGACAGUAAUGUAGGAAGUACGAUGGAGAUGGAGGAAGCCUCCACGACAAAGUAUGUGCAAGACAAUGAAAGAGACAGUGUCCAGUAUAACUACUCCUUCUAUCACUUCAUGCUCUUCCUUGCUUCAUUGUACAUCAUGAUGACGCUCACAAAUUGGCACAGGCCUGAUGCUGUGUAUGAUGCCACAACCAGCAAAUGGCCAGCCGUGUGGGUAAAAAUCUCAUCCAGCUGGGUCUGUCUCACAAUCUAUGUCUGGACCCUAAUUGCUCCCAUGAUAUAUACCAACAGGGAUUUUACCUAAGAUUGAUUUCCUGGUCUAGAACCUUGCUUUGUUCUCACACACUCCUUUUUGACUUUACACUGGAAAUAUGUUAUUAAACAUAAAAAUAAAGCUACUGUUGCUAUUAGUAGAAACAAAAAAUAUUUAGUAUAUUUUUUGUACAAUGUUUUAUAGCACUGAUACUAUGGGAUUGUGCAUUUAUUUUUAGUACACAGCACUCCAUCAGUCUCACUGCCUAGCUACAAAUUGGUGCCAUCUCUGCACACAAUUGUAAAUGUAACAAAAAUAAAUCCUAUAUAAAAAUUGGACUAAAAGAAAAAUAACACAAAUUCUCAGAAUGGAAAGUGUAUCUUGAGGUUUUUAGCGUUUUGCAUCCAGAACUUACCUAAAAAUGACAUCCAAUUUUAGAAUUUUAAAGACUGUUGAUUUCCCUUGCUUUUUGGUUACUUUGAUAAAUCACAUCAUUUCAUACUUUGUGUACAAGUAUUUGCAGCUUUUUAUAAUUAAUAAUCUGUUAUAUUUUAGUAAUGUUCACUGAACUAAAAUAGAUUGAAAAAUAUAUUUGAUGACUUAGUUACAUAUUAUACUUGAUUAUAAUUUACAAUAUAAUUGUAACAGAUGUCUGCACUUGAAAAAUGUAAUCCAAGAAACUUUCUUUGUCUUAUGUUCACAUAAAAGUAUAUACUUAUAUAUAAACAAAACAUUGCAAAAAAUUUAUUUAUUUAAUUAUUUUAUUAAGUUGUAGAACUUGGCAACAACCAUAUGGAUAAUAUUUAUGACAGCCUUGUGUUACCUAUUUAAUUUGUGAAUAUGUUCUAUUUUAUGAAAGACAGUAUUAUUCCAGUUGUAUUUGUAUUUUCACAAUUGCUGUGAAAGCCAUUUUGUUACUUCAUUUGUAAAUCUAUUUACUCUUCGGUAAUGCAUAACUGCUUCCAUUCUUCAUUGGUUCUCAACAUAUUUUUAACAUUAGCAAUAAUUACUUGUUCUUCUGCACUUCUUAUUGGUGUUCUGCUGUUGUGUGCCAUGUGCAAUAAACACCAUUAAAAAAAUAGCCAAGUUUUCAUUUGUGUAAAUACUUUUGACUGACAAAGUAUCUAGACCAAAUAUUUAAAUCUUUAAGGUUUAUCCUAUAGCAGGGUGAGGCAUAUUGACUUAGCUACUUGUAUGAUAAAAGCAGAGCCUGACAACGGCUCCCACCUAAUACAUGGGGGGAAAAAAAAAAACCUAUCGCAGGACCACACAAGCCUGCCACCACAUGCUACACAUGCUCGCAUAGCUACAAACAAUAUGUGACUACAUAUCAGCCAUAUUAAAUUAUAUUGCAAGGCACUGUAUGUAAUGAGUGACAUAGUGCCUCAGAAUGGAUAACUAUUUAUCUUUUGCGUAUUUGAAUAAGGAGAAUUCAGUACAUGGAACUGUCAUACUCAUACUGUCACCUUCAAAUGUAAAUUCCACAUAAGCAAAGCAGUGUCAAAGCACAGAUCAAUUCCAAAAAUCAUAAAAUGUUUGUCUCAAAUGAAUAAAAAAAAUAUUCGCAUACUCAUACAUAUAUAGUUGGAUGCCUAAACACUCAUCUCUCAGGUUGAUUCUAUGUGAGCCAUUGCGAUGCCUCACUAAACAAGCCAAUCAGAGCAGAACUCAUCAAUUAUUCUUGAGUCCACAAAAACAAAAACAACAACAACAAAAACAGCUCACUUAAUUCGAGACCCAAAUCAUUGGUUUUUAAAUAGGUGUGUUGAACUGCAUUAGGGCUUUUCUCCACCACCAAAGACACAGACAUCAGACAGUAUUUUAAAAUACUGAAUAAAUGCAUUCUGUGGCACCUUUAAUUACAGACUUUAAGGAUGCCAUAGAUUCAUAAACCAGGUGUUUACUUUUGCUGUAGACAAAAUCUGGUUACAUCUUAAUCUCACAUGAUGAAAUUAUUUGUUUGCAUGAAUAAAUAUCAAAAUUAUAAUCUUAAAUCAAAAUAACCUAAAACAAACCUUAAAAAAAAAAAAGUCUGUCUGAUUUUUUUUUUGGUAGAGUGAUGAAUGUUUUCAAUGCCAAAUUAAGUUACACGGCAAAACUAAGAGAGUAAAGCACAGUUACAGAAAUAACAAUACCUCCUUAACUUAAAGGCAGGGAGUCAGGCUACUCUGAAAACCCCUUCCACCUACUUAAUAUGUUGGCUACUUGCCUCUAGAAUUUUUUGUAUGCAUUUUUGCAUCAUCCCAAAAGUGAAUGCUUGUCCUGAA